AUGCAGCUCUGGCUUCUUCAAGAAUCCCAACUAGGGCAAGGGUUCCCUCUAAGACCUCCCAUUCUUUCCCCACUCAGGGCUCCUCUAAGAUUGGAAGUAGCUGAGUUCUCUGGGCUUCGAUCCAGUUCAUGUGUGACUGUCGCCAAUAAUGCUAGGGACACAUCCUUCUUUGAUGCAGUUGCUGCACAACUUACUCCCGUGACUGCAGGAUCAACUCCUGCUAAGGGAGAAACAGUGGCCAAGUUGAAGGUAGCAAUCAAUGGUUUUGGACGAAUUGGCAGGAACUUCCUCCGAUGUUGGCAUAGUCGCAAGGACUCACCACUUGAAGUUGUCGUCGUCAAUGACAGUGGAGGUGUAGAAGGAUUACAGCCUUCUCACUUGCUGAAGUAUGAUUCCAUGCUGGGCACUUUCAAGGCAGAAGUCAAAGUAGUAGACAAUAAGACUAUCAGUGUUGAUGGCAAGCCCAUCAAGGUUGUCUCUAAUAGGGAUCCUCUAAAGCUUCCAUGGGCCGACCUUGGCAUUGACAUUUUUAUUGAGGGAACAGGUGUGUUUGUGGAUGGGCCAGGUGCUGGGAAGCACACCCAGGCUGGCGCCAAGAAAGUCAUCUUCACUGCUCCAGCAAAAGGUGCUGAUAGCAAUGCCUCCUGUACCACAAAUUGUUUGGCUCCUUUUGUGAAGGUCAUAGAUGAGGAGUUUGGUAUUGUCAAGGGAACAAUGACAGCCACUCAUUCGUACACUGGGGACCGGAGGCUUUUAGAUGCUUCACACCUGGACUUGAGGCGAGCAAGAGCUGCAACAUUGAACAUAGUCCCAACAAGCACAGGUGCAGCCAAGGAUGUGUCUCUGGUGCUACCACAACUAAAGGGCAAACUCAAUGGCAUUGCCCUCCAAGUGCCCACACCCAACGUAUCUGUUGUUGAUCUUGUUGUGAACGUUGAGAAGAAAGGAAUAACAGCUGAAGAUGUGAAUACAGCCUUUAGAAAGGCAGCUGAAGGACCUUUGAAAGGCAUAUUGGACGUAUGUGACAUCUCUCUCGUGUCAAUAGACUUUCGGUGCACUAAUGUUUCUUCCACCAUUGACUUCUCUUUGUCGAUGGUCAUGGGAGAUGACAUGGUCAAGGUGGUGGCCUGGUACGAUAAUGAUUGGGGAUACAGCCAACAGGUGGUUGAUUUGGCACAUCUGGUGGCAAGCAAGUGGCCAGACAUGCCUGUGCAAGGGAGCGGAGACCCAUAUUAG